AUGUGGCGGAUGAAGUCCCAGAGCCUGGCCGCAAGCCCGGCCCGCGGCCGCGCCGCCGCCCUCAGCCGCGCACCCCGGGGCCUGCCCGCCCUCGAGGCGCGCCAGGCCACGCAGGCGCCGACCGCCGGCGCCAACGGCAGCGUUGGGCGUGGCAUACCCAUGAGGACGCUCGACCCCUCUGACAGCGCCAGCACCUCCCUCAGCGGCACCGGCUGGACUGCCGGCGGCGGCAGUGGCUUCGCCAAUGGAAACGGCAACGGCAACGGCAACGGGAACGGCGUGGUGCUGGCGCGCGUGCCGAUCAAUGGGUCGCAGAUGGUGGCUGUCGCGGCGUCGGAGGCGGCGGCGAUAGCGCGGGCCAGGGCGGACGCGACCAUCGAUGUGGAGGUUGAUGCUCUCCCGCUGGACACGGACUUCAAGUGGGCGAAGGACUCCUACAACAAGACGCAGCGGACCGUCGACACCUGGGUGUUUUUCGCCAUCUUCCGCACGCGUCUCGCCCUGCUGGACCAGAAGUGGUCAUACCCCGGCGGCUUCACAGAGGAGAAGAAGAACGAGCGGGCCAAGGGUCUGGCGCGGUACCUCGUGCAAUCGAUCCUGGACCUGGGGCCCACCUUCAUCAAGGCAAGGCGGGGGCAAACGUUUGCGUGCUGUAUCGGCCAGCUCAGCAGCACGCGCUCCGACCUGUUCCCGGCCGCCUUUGUGGAGGAGUUGGCCAAGCUGCAGGACAGGGUGCCCGCGUUCAGCGCCGACAAGGCGAUAGCCAUUAUUGAGAAGGACCUGGGGCAGCCGAUCGGCGUGCUGUUCCGCGAGUUCGACAGGCGGCCGAUCGCGGCGGCGAGCCUUGGGCAGGUGCACCGCGCGGUGCUGCACAGCGGCCUGGAGGUCGUGGUGAAGGUGCAGCGCCCCGGCCUGAAGCAGCUGUUUGACAUUGACCUGGAGAACCUCAAGCUGCUGGCAGAGCAGCUGGACAAGGGGGACGAGAACAGGGACUUCAAGGGUAUGUACGAGGAGUGCGCGUCCGUGCUGUAUGAGGAGAUUGACUACAUCAACGAGGGACGCAACGCAGACAGGUUCCGUCGCAACUUCCGCGGCACUGACUGGGUGCGCGUGCCUGUGGUGCACUGGCAGUACUGCAGCAGCCGCGUCCUCACGCUGGAGUACCUGCCAGGCGUCAAGGUCAGCGACAAGGCGCGGCUUGAGGCGCGCGGCCUCGACGUCGCCGUGGUGGCGCGGAGGGCCACUGAGGCGUACCUGAUCCAAAUCCUCAAGCACGGCUUCUUCCACGCGGGGCAGGCGGGCCGGCGGUCUUCCCACAGCCAAGCACCCGCAUCAAUGAGAUAA